UUAUCCGAUACGGAUAUGUGGUGUGCGGUCGAUGAAGAUUUUGAGGUUAUGCUUGCCGAAGAAGACGCGUACUCGGGUAGGGGUAGCGGAUUCACGCUAACGCAUAUCGACGGCCUUAUGCUCAGCGUAUACAAGUAUACGCCCCUCGCCGGCUCAUCAUAUAUUCCUGUCCCACCAGAGAUUAACCAAAGAAAAGCAAUCAUCAACCCACAGAAUAUCGAUCAGUCUUGUUUCAAGUGGUCCAUUUUGGCGAGACACGUCGAGGCAGACCACAAAUAUCGCGUUGAUCGAAAAUAUUUUAACGAGGAACACAGGUAUGAUUUUACGGGGUUGACGUUCCCCACACCUGUGUCCCAAAUUAAAAUAUUUGAGCGACGAAACCCUAACGUGUCUGUCAACGUGUACGGCUUGGAACGAGACGACGAUAAGAUGAAGUGGUUGGUGUAUCCUCUAAGAGUCGCCGACCAAGAGCAACAGAAUCAUUUUGACCUGUUGUACAUCGGUGACUCUGAAAAGUCACAUUACGCGUACAUUUCCGAUUUUUCGAGGCUCGUGCGCAGCCAAAAAACUAAUCACAAAUGCCGCAUAUACACUUGCAAACGUUGCUUCACCAGCUUUGAUGAUCAGCCCAAAAAGCACAUUCUUCGGGGUCAACAAGCGUUGGAGCAACACAAGUUGAUAUGCGGCAAGAACAAGCCUAUUUUACCCGUUAUGCCGGCGGAGGGCAGUAAGGUCGAAUUUGACGCGUGGGUAAAGACGCAACGGUUACCGUUUGUCAUCUACGCCGAUUUUGAGGCCUUACUGGAGAAAACAGACGAUCGUAUGGGUGCAUACACCAGGACUGUGCACACCCACCAUCCCAUGAGCUAUGGGUUCAUGGUGAAAACAUCGGACGAUGUGCCCUCCGAGCUCCUCGAACGCUACGGUAUACCACAAUCACCGGUGAUAUACCGUGGGUCCGAGGAUCGCGAAGAGGUCGCCAAGGCAUUUGUGAUGGCUGUAACUGAAGUGACGCGCAACAUUUCUAAAUUGUUGCGCAAAACCAACGUUCCCAUCCGAAUGUCUGUCGAAGAUGUGCGCAGGCACGGGGAGAAAGUGGUAUGCGACUUGUGCCGCACGGCAUUCAAGGAUUCCAACCCCAAAGUCGCAGACCACUGCCAUUUAUCGGGCCGAUUCAGACAGACGUUGUGCAAUGCAUGUAACCUGAAAGUAAAGACGGUCAAUUUUGUGCCGUGCUUCUUGCACAAUCUUUCGGGUUACGACGCGCAUUUCAUCGUCACUGAAUUGGGGUACGACGACCAAAGGAUUUCGGUCAUACCGAAUUCCGAGGAGAAGUAUAUUUCGGUCACGAAACACGUGACCAAUAACUUCUCCAUACGGUUUGUCGACACCUUCCGAUUCAUGGCCUCCUCCCUGUCCACCUUGGCCGGUAACCUAAUGACACCCGAUUUCGUUAAAUUCCGGGAGACGGCCAAGGUGUUCCGCCCGGAAGACAUGCCGUUGGUGACGCGUAAGGGCGUAUACCCCUACGAGUACACUGAUAGUUGGGCUAAAUUGGAAGAAACGGAACUACCACCUCAGGACGCUUUCUAUAGUCAGUUGAGUGAGUCUAAUAUUGAUGACGACGACUAUAGACAUGCCACGGAGGUGUGGAACCGUUUCGACUGCUCAACCCUCGGUGAGUACAGCGACCUAUAUCUUAAGAUCGACGUGUUGUUGUUGGCUGAUGUGUUUGAGAACUUCCGCGACAUCUGUAUUUCAACAUACAAUUUGGACCCGGCGCACUAUUACACCGCGCCUGGUUUUAGCUUCGAUUGUAUGUUGAAAUACACCAGGAUGAAGCUGGAGCUCUUGAACGACUACGACAUGCUACUGAUGGUGGAACAGGGCAUUCGUGGUGGGCUAGUGCAGGCCGUCAAGCACUAUGCAAAGGCCAACAAUUCUAAGACACCCGAUUACGAUCCGUCAAAACCAGAAUCAUGGAUCGUGUACCAAGACUGCAAUAACCUUUACGGGUGGGCUAUGAGUCAGCCCAUGCCGUACGGUGGCUUCCGGUGGUAUAAAGGAGCAGACCCUCUGGCUGACCUCCAAUCGUUGUCGGACACUGGUAAUACGGGGCGUAUAUAUGAAGUGGACGUAUCGUAUCCACAAGAGCUGCAUGACGAGCACAACGACUUGCCGUUCUUGCCUGUCAACGAUGUACCGCCGGGUUCCAAAGAGACCAAACUCAUGGCCACUUUGAAACCCAAACAGCGGUACGUCGUACAUUACGUUAAUCUUAAACAGGCGAUCGCACACGGACUGCAAGUCGAUAAAGUGCACCGCGUUUUAGAGUUUCAACAAAGUGCUUGGUUGAAACCAUACAUUGAGUUGAACACUGAAAUGCGGAAAAAGGCGGCAAAUGCUUUUGAAAUUGCAUUUUUCAAACUAAUGAACAAUGCCGUCUUUGGGAAAACAAUGGAGAACAUGCGGAAACGCAUCCGUAUUGAGCUAAUCUCCAGUCCCGAACGUCUAAGCAAGCUCGUAAACCAACCAACCUUCAACGACUGUAUCAAAUACGGUGAAAGGUUGUGCGCCGUCAUAAUGGACACAAAGAUGGUCAAGUUUAUCAAACCAAUAUACGUCGGUUUAGCAGUGCUUGACAUUAGCAAGACGCUAAUGUACAAGUACUUCUACGACGUAUUGAAACCACAUUAUGGCAGUGCAAUCGAAUUGGUUUACAUGGAUACUGACUCCUUCAUAUACCUACUCAGAGUAAGCGACUUCUACCAGGAUUUAGCUAACAGCCCCGAUUUACUGGUGUACGUGGACGCAUCUAGCCUGCCCAAGGAUCACCCUUGUUACUCGACUUCGAGGAAGAAGACGCCUGGUUUGUUUUCAGAAGAGACCGGCAGUCUCACCCUCUUUGAGAUCGCUGCACUUCGUUCAAAGUGCUAUGCAUUCGACAUGGAAGGCAGCGAACUCAUAAAGUCUAAGGGGAUCCGCGGACACGUUGUCCGGAAUCAUCUGUCUUUGGACGACUACAAACGGUGUUUGUUUAAAGACGAUGGUGACGAUGCGUCAAAACGAGCAUUGGCUCGAGAGAAUGCCCGUGCGGUCAUCGGAGUGAUACGUGGUGCUGAGUGUCCACCGAUAUUAUCGCUACCAUACACACCGUACCGACAGAACAUGUCAAUCCGUUCGUUUGAGCACGAGUUACGCACUUUACGUACAACCAAGUUGGCGCUUAACCGUUUUGAUGAUAAGCGCUACACGCUCAACAACAGAAUCGACACGUUGGCCCACGGGCAUUAUGCUAUACCACCACCGGAAGACCUAUAG